GUCUUGGUUCAAAUUCGAAUUUCAUUUCAAUCAAACUGGACACAACACAACGAUGUUCUCGCUUCUCAAAAGACACUGUUUCUUCGGCAUCGCUGUCUUAGCCAUCUUCCUCCUCUCAACGCCGCCGUUUACGGCGGCCCAAUCCUGCAACGGUAUACUCCUCACCUACGCCUACACCGCCGGCAAGCAGUUACCGCCGAACGUCACCGACCCUGCGAAGCAGCCGUACAAGUUCGAGUCCACGCUCACCGUGCUCAACAACGGCCUCGACGAGCUCAAGUCCUGGAAGGUCUUCGUCGGGUUUCAGCACGAUGAGCUCUUGGUCUCCGCCUCCAAUGCGGUGCUCGCCGACGGGACUACCCUCCCCGCCGCCGUUGGCAACGGUACCGUCUUCGCCGGGUACCCCAUGACCGAUCUCAAGACCGCUGUGGCCACCGCCGGUGACUUGACCCAGAUGCAGGCUCAGAUCGACCUCGUUGGCACCGUGUUCGGGGUUGCGCCGCCGAGUAUUCCUUUACCCUCGAAAAUCGAGCUCGCCGUUGAUGGAUUUCUCUGCCGCAAAGCCACUGGUCAAGGGAAGAAUGUGACUAAUAUGUGUUGCACAAGAGAUCCCAAGUUCAAAGCAAACAUCACUACUGAUGAGAAGUUUCUGCCUCGUCAAAAUGGUGAUCUUACUAUUAUGUAUGAUGUGAUCAGAACUUAUGACUCUAGUUACUGGGCUGAGGUUGCGAUUGCGAACCAUAACGCUCUCGGUCGCCUUGACAAUUGGAGAUUGAGCUGGGAUUGGAUGAAUGAUGAGUUUAUAAACUCAAUGAAAGGGGCUUAUCCAUCUGUUGUGGAUGUUUCUGGCUGUGUGUUUGGUAAGCAAGGAACAUUCUACCAGCAACUUGAUUUUUCCACUGUGUUGAAUUGUGAGAGGAGGCCAACCAUAGUUGAUCUUCCUCCCACUAAGUUCAAUGAUACAGUCCUUGGGAAAAUCCCUUCUUGCUGCCGGAACGGUACCAUAUUGCCACCAUCCAUGGACCCUAGCAUGUCUGUUUCAAGGUUCCAGAUGGAGGUUUUCAAAAUGCCGCCGGCGCUUAAUCGCUCCCAGCUUUCGCCGCCCCAGAAUUGGAAGAUUAGCGGCACACUCAACCCUGACUACAAAUGUGGCCCUCCCAUGCGGGUUAGUCCCACUGAGAAUCCGGAUCCAUCUGGGGUACCGUCGAACAAAACUGUCAUGGCCAGUUGGCAGGUUGUGUGCAACAUAACAACUACCAAGAGAACAUCAAGCAAAUGCUGUGUCUCAUUUUCAGCUUAUUACAAUGAGUCAGUUAUACCAUGCAAAACUUGUGCAUGUGGAUGCCCCGCGAACACUGGAAGAACUUGUAGUGCUACUGCACCAGCUAUGUGGCUUCCACCGGAUGCUCUUCUUAUUCCUUUUGAGAACCGAACUGCCAAGGCUGUUGCUUGGGCUGACCUUAAACAUCUACCAGUGUCUAACCCUUUGCCCUGUAGUGAUAACUGCGGCGUGAGCAUCAACUGGCAUUUAUUCACAGACUACAGGAAAGGUUGGACUGCAAGGGUAACACUUUUUAACUGGGGUGGCACUAAUUUUGCUGACUGGUUUGCUGCAGUACAAAUGGACAAUGCAGCUGCAGGUUUUGAGAAAAUGUACUCAUUCAAUGCAACCCUCCUAGAUGGCGUGAAUAAUACAAUAAUCAUGCAAGGUUUGCCCGGAUUGAACUACCUUGUAGCUGAAGCUGACGGAGCUAAUCCACUGAGAGAUCCUAGGGUUCCUGGUAAACAACAAUCAGUAAUCUCAUUCACAAAGAAAGCUACUCCUGGAAUCAAUGUAGUUCGUGGAGAUGGAUUUCCCUCUAAAGUCUUCUUCAAUGGAGAGGAAUGCUCUCUUCCUUCAGUGAUUCCAAGCAGUGGUUUCAGGAAGGGCUUUCCACGGGCUACUUUGGCGUUCCUAACACUGUUGUGGAUCGUCUUGAUCCGGUAAUGGUGGCGGUAUGUUUGCUUUUGACCCUGGCUUAUUUAUGUCCUGAGACAAUAUCUGAUUCAUACAUAGACCUCAUCACGGAAACUCAGCGAGAAACGUCAGUGGACCAAGCCGUGCUGUUGUAACAUUCAUGCUGUGUGUCUGGUUUGGAUGCUGUGACGAUCCUUGUUCAAUUGAUAUGAUUCUUUUGAAGCAUGUUAUAGUACAGAAGAUUGUAGAUUUGUGUUAGAUGAUAGAAAGAUUUUCCUAUAUCUAUUAGAAGUUUAAGUGUUUUUAUUUAUCCCUCAUUCGUUUGUUGUCUGAGACUCUGAGUAAUUCUAAUUUAGGCAUUAUCCUGUCUGAGACUCUGAGACUCAAAUUAUUAUUUGCCUAGUGCAAGAUGAUGGGCACCACGAUAGAAAUGGACCUAUGAUUAAAAUGUUCUGUUUUGUGAAUUAAAAAUGAACUAGUAGACUGCACAACUUAAAGGA